AUGCGGGACCUCAAUCUCACACUCGUCCUCCUCUUCCUCCUCGGUCUCCUUGGUGCAGUCGGUGCUUGGCCGAACCGGGCCGAACUCAUGGUCGGAGCCCUCGGUUUCAUGGGCUGCGCCACUUUCUUUGGCUUGAAUCUGCUUCGAUCAGCGCGAGAAUACCAACAAGAAGUCCCUGCCAUAGGUAGCGACGAAGAAGUCUUCAAGGAUGUCUCGAUCGGCUCCCUCCCUUUCGCUCUGCCUCUCCCUACACCCACGACGACCACAGACGGCACACCUACCACCACCAUUACACAGACUGAUCUCCUCCCUUCAAUCACGCGAGAAUCUCGCAGUUUCUACACCGUCUUCGAGCUAGAUCCUCCUGAAACGGCCACCCUGUUCUCCGGUUCACCAUCUGUGCCCAAACUCGUCGUUGUGGAGGUUUUUGACAAUAGCACGGUCAUCAGCGCAGAGAUUGUGGUUCGUCUUGCAGACGCCGAGGAAAAAUCCCGGGACUUCACCUACCUCUCUCCUACCGAGACGACUUCACCCGUCACAGAUCCGACCACAUACCCCGACAACACCUUGGGUGCCAACAUUCCUACACCUGAUUCGACUGAUCUCAACACAACCUCUUCGACAUGGGCACUGCCCUCUUUCAUCGUCCACGCCCUUCAAGACAACAGACUCAAGCCUUUCGUCGAGACGGCAAGGAGAAAGCUCAACUUCUUCUGGGAGUUGCGAAACACCAUCUUCAGUCCGCUUGUUCGGCUAUUGCCAGUCCACCCACAGAUGCUGGGCUUCAUCUUGAUGAGCGUCAAGCUUGCCAGCCUGCGGUUCCCGGGAAUGACGAGAGGACGUCGUCGGGUGCCCGUCCUGCAGCGCCUUGGUUGGAUCCGAAACCCUCAGCUUGCCAUCGAAGCUGCACCUGGAGCAGGGCCACAGCUUGAGCCAUCAGUGGUCGAUGCAAUCGAGGAAGCCGAGGCUAUUGUUCAGAGUCUUGAGUCUUUGAACUUGGUCGUUGAACGUCGACUUGACAACAGUGGGCGCCAAGAGGAGGACCGAGACGACGACACCGAGUACGUCGACGCAGUCGAUGAACAAAUACCCGUCGUGCAGCAAAUGCCUGUGGAGGUGAGACGGUCGGGCUUCAUCAUGAGGCCCUUGCCUCCGCCGUCAAGAUCAAUCUCUCCUACAAGCGAAGCGGCCACCUCAACCAGUGAAACGGCUGGUGACUUGACCGACGCGACGCUGAGGAGGCCAGACCAACCUGGAUCAUCGCUGAGGACGUCGUCGCAGCCAGCGGCGGAGCCUCCCAAGUUUCCCAGCACCCGCUCAACAGCUCCCAUUGCCGAGCACGUCCUCCGCCGCCGACUACCCAUCACCCGUUACAGAGAGAUGAAGAGGUCGCCGCGCGUGUUGACAGCUCGCCCGGAUGACGCUGAGGACAUGCGGCCUGACCUGGCAGAUCCCAAGAAGUCGCUGCGCGACAUCUAUAGGCCCGCCUCAACUGGUCCGUCUGCAUCUGCAACUGCACCACUGUCGAUGAAGAGCUCCCGAGCUACCGAUAAUACAGUGCCCGUGCCUGUAUCUGGCAGCGUUGGAGUGACUCCCUCUGCUGCAGACCAGCAACCAGCAGCUCGACCGCAGCCGAUGCCUGCCAAGGCAGUAACUCAACUUCUCGAGCGUGAGGUCAAGGAAGCUGAGAUUCCAGCAGGCCAUGUCUCCCAGUCCACACCGCAGCCAGCUGUUUCACCGCGCAAGUUGACAAAAGCUGAGCUGAAAGACGAGCAGUAUGCGCGUGCACGUCAGGAUGUUGAGAUUGAGAGAGCCAAGACCAAGCCGAGCAUCAGAUCUCCUCCACAGCACCAGUUGAACGAGAAUUCGCGCAACUUUCGCGUGGGCCUGCUUAAGCGUCGAUUCCAGGAUAACUGCGGUGUCGAAGACCUCGAUUCGGCCCAGUUGCGCCGCUUCCUUGACUUCUUUGGCAUAUGGGACGCAGUGAACCGCGUUUCUGCAAAUGUCGUCUACCAGCAGUGGACCGAGUACCAAGCUUAUGAAAAGAAGUCCGCGGCAGAGAAAGGGCAAGCGGCCACCACUGCUUCCAAAGCAGGCUCGACCGAAGCUGAAAGCAACUCGGCGGUCGAAGUUGUUGGGACUGCCGCAGAAAUAGCACAGCAAACAGAGCCUCAACCAAGCAAUGUCACUCCUCCCCUCAAGGUCAGCAGUGCUCAGCGCCCGCUUCUCUCAGAGAAUGUUAGAACCGCCACAGAAACGGCACAGCCGGCAGAAGCAACAGCAGAGGUACAAUCGAGCAAUGUCGCCCCUCGGGUCACCAAGAUCAACAGUGCUCAGCGCUCGCUUCUCAGGGACACGCUCCGAAACCGUCUGAAUAAGAGCUUUGGUGUCCAAGACACCGAUACUAAAAAGGUCGAACAAUUUCUCGACGUUUUCGGCUGGCAUAAAUUGAGUCUGGAAAACUUGAACGAGGUUUGCGAGGCAUGGCUCGCCUGGGAAGCUGAGCAGACAGCCAAGGCUGCCGCGACAUUGUCAAACCUGUCGCCCCCUGCGCCCGUAGCCGCGUCCGAAGGAGAGCAGGCUGUGAUCAGUACUCAUGAAUCGAGCUCGACGGUAAGUGCAGACAAGACAGAAUCGUCUGAGAAUGCCCAUAUUUCACCAAUCUUGGAUCAGUCACCAGAUGCACCUGCACAGCAACAGCCACCACAGACUCAGUCAAAUGAUGUCUCUCCCGUCCAACCCGACACGACUGAUCCUCACUACCGCGCCUCGCUCGUGACAUAUCUUCGGACUGAAAUCCGGGACAAAUUGGCUGUCAAAAAUGUAAAUGAGGAUCAUAUUCACGAAUACCUCGACUGGUUUGGCUGGGAGAACGUGAGAAAGGAUAAUUACUUGGAUGUUUGCAAGAGUUUCCUUGAUGCAGUAGCCGUUGCGAAAGAGCAAGCCGGUACCCACGCCGCCAGCAAUGCACGGGCGGAGUCCGAGAUCAAUGGAGAGUCUUCUCAGGCCGGUGCAUCGUCUGUUGAUCCCGAAGCCACCUCGACAUCCAGCGAGAUUGAUGGUGACGAGGACGAUGGCACCAACGCGAACAGACAUGAAGAGCCUGAAAAGCCCGAGGAGGAUCUGCCGCAUAUGUCGCACAUCAAAGGUGACAGUGACGAUGACAACGACGAUAGUCACAACGGCCCGCUUCCCUCUCCAUCAUCAGGCACAGUUGUCGAAGGGACUUCCUCGACGGAGACCAAGUCCACUGAAGAGAGCAACAAUACCGUCCUUACUGUUGGCGAGGAUAACGGCUCUGGCCAUGAAGGCCGCUCUACUCGGUCCACCGCGCUUGCGCCUGUCACUGCUCCUCCUCAGUGGCCCGUCUUCAAUGGCUUUCAGUUCAAUGUGCAGUCGCAUCUUCCGGAACGACCGGUCUACCAGGUGUCAGAUGAAGACAGAAUCUUCAGGGUCAUCCCGGACGCAUCCGGUGCCAGUACGCCUCGCCGUUCGGCUCUUCGCAAUCGAGAGCGUGACGCAGAUGAGGUAGCGUCAAGAUUAGGACACCUCGGUAGAGCCAGGAUUGCAGUGAACGAUGAUGGGUCACCAGUUGCUGAGACGUGCCGCUUUAGGGCACAGGAGCCGCCUGCACGAAUCCAGCGGGCGUACCAUAUGGACAUCGAUGGAGAAGGGCAAGAAGCCACCGGCGUUCCAGCUCCAGCUCCUAUCCCACGUCCACCUCCAACACAACCGGCGUUUGUGCAGUCGUUCUCGGGUGCCACUGAGUUCUCGCCGGAGAUGGAAGGCGUUGAAAGCCAGGAUGUUCACGAUGAAAUGGACGGCGUUGAGACGCCCGAGCUCCAUGAGGAAAUGGAGGGCAUUGAGAAGUCGGAUCUGGAUGAGGAAAUGGACGGGGUUGAGUCAGACGAAGUCUGCCUGACUUAUCCUGGACUUCAACUAGAGCAACCGACGAUGCCUCACCAGCAGCCAGUGCCCUAUGUCUCCCCCUACAACGUGGUCCCACCAUCCAGCGCACCCCCGGUGCAAGACCAGCAGAUGACGAUGGCAGACGAGCAGGGACUUUCGAAUGCCGCGCUUUCCGAUGCUGCUGCCCCCAACCAAGUGGACAGUCACCAGGCUCAGAUGAGUCAGUACGAUCUGCACGGCUUGCCGACUCUCGAGACCACAGAGUGGAACAACCUGGAAGCGAUCGACGAGCAAGAACUCCAGCGACAACAGGAACCGCAGCAGCAACCCAUAGUUCUGCAGGGUCAGGACUGGUCGGACCCAGAAGACUUCUUCGGUUCGAUAGGAUUGAGUCCGCACACAACUGGAGCCGGGCUCAGCCUCGAUCUCGCUGGCGAGAUGCCGGAGAUUCGAUCGUUGUUGGACUCUCUUCUAACCGGUGGUAGGUCUGAGUAUGACCCGCACGAUCCUCAAGCUGGGAUGGAGAGAGUUGAGGUGGAUCCUUGUGCAGAUGGGGCCCAAUAUGCCCAAUAUGCGCCGCAAGUGGCUCCGACUACAAUGCAACCGGCUGUCGGUGACCUCCCGUAUGGCAAUCCGAGUGAGUAUGCAGUCGGACAACAAAACGCCACGGACGUUGCCAACGAGCAGAGCGAUGUGGCCCCAGGAGCUCCGGCAUCAACAAGCCAACCAGCCAUGUCAGCAUGGGAUCGUGCAAGGCUUCGGACCAACAUGCAGAGCACGGAAUCCGGAUCGCCGCAGAACACUGUCGACCAACACGCUCACACUGGUGAAGAACCAAUUCCCGAUGACCGCAUAGACGAGCUGAGAGACUGGGGUGUUACUUCGAGAGACGGAAUCAGCAAGCUGUACAGGGGCCACGUCCAGAGAAAGACAUUGAGGCCCAGGAGCCGACUGGCGGCCCUGCAAACAAAUACCGCGCAGGCCAACCCAUUCCAGAGUUUGUUGCAGCCACAAUCCAACACCAUCGUCAAUCCUCAAGACAUCCAAAUCCCCAAGGAGCUGGCAGCUGCGCUUCAACGAAGACACAACCAGACUCAGGGAGGUCGGAUGUCCCAGCCCCUGCAACAGCCCGCUCAUCCCCACGAAAGCCAUGCUGAUAGAGAACUCAACCCAGCCCCAGGACCUAGCGGAAACGGUUCUUUCCAGAACUCCACCCAAAGCGAAAGAAAUGCUGAGGAUGACAGCUUCUCAGAUAUCUCGGACUUGAACGAAGAGGAGAGGAGCCAACUGCCAGCCUAUCUCCAAGUCUCAGGUACUCCCGAUGAGCAACCUCACCAUGACGAAGACAACGAUGAAUCCGACAACCUCUCAGACGUUCCGGACUUGGAUGAAGAGCAGAGACGCGAAAUUCUAGCCCGUCUCCAAGGUCUAGGUUCUCCCAGCACUGAGCAUCAGGAUCAUGACGAAGACAGCUCUGAAGACGCGCUGUCCCCUCCUACCCACAACUCUCAGCAUGACGACAUCUCCUUUGAGGACUCUGUCGAAAACUAUCUGUAUGACUGUCCCGAAGACGAAUCCAUGAAGAGAGAGGCCGAGGAAUACAGCCGUACGGGAUAG